GAUUUGUAGAAGCAAUUGAAAAUUCCGGAAAUUGUAUAAGUAGAGAGUAUAUAUACAAAAUCGGCUUCUCGUCGUUCUCCAACACACCCAAUUUUGUUUGGAGAAGCCAUGGCCGCGCCUCUCAAGGUUGCUUUACUCCUACUUACAUUUUUUCACGCCACCGCCAAUACCGAUUUCGACGUUCGUCGCCAUUUAUCCACUGUCACCAGAUAUCAUGUAGCCAAGGAAAUAUCUGACAAUUCAUAUGUUCCUUCAACUAUUCCUGAUCAGUGUAAACCUAUUCACUUAAAUCUUGUGGCAAGACAUGGGACUCGGGCUCCUACUAAGAAAAAAAUGAAGCUACUAGGUGCAUUGGGCACUCGCUUGGAAGUCCUUUUAGAAAAUGUUAAAGAAAAUAAGUCAGGUGCACUACCUGCAUGGUUACGGGGAUGGAAAUCUCCUUGGACUGGAAAGCAUAAAGGUGGAGAGUUGAUUAGCUUAGGAGAAAGUGAACUGUAUGAGCUCGGUAUCAGAGUCAGAGAAAAAUUUCCGCAAUUGUUUCAUGAGGAUUAUCAUCCUGACAUAUAUCCUAUUAGAGCCACUCAGGUUUCACGAGCCUCAGCAAGUGCAGUGGCAUUUGGCAUGGGACUCUUUAGUGAUCGAGGAAAUCUGGGACCUGGGCACCAUCGAGCUUUUGCAGUUAUUAGUGAAAGUCGUGCAAGUGAUAUAAUGUUGAGAUUCCAUGAUUGCUGUCAAAACUACAAGGCUUUCAGGAAAAGUCAGGAACCAUCUGUUGAUAAACUCAAGGAACCCAUACUGGAUGAAAUAACCAAAGAAUUAGUGAAACGCUGGGGUCUGAGUUUCACAAGAGAGGAUGUAUCAUCUCUGUGGUUUCUAUGCAAACAGGAAGCUGCUUUAUUAAACAAUACUGAUCAAGCAUGUUCACUGUUCAGUCCAUCUGAGGUUGGUUUACUAGAAUGGACAGACGAUCUGGAGGUUUUUAUCGUAAAAGGCUACGGUAAUUCAUUGAACUACAGGAUGGGAGUUCCCUUACUUGGAGAUGUUAUCCAGUCAAUGGAGCAAGCUAUCAAGGCUAAGGAAGACGGACUAGUUCCUGGGAGCUAUGAAAUGGCCAAACUAAGAUUCGCUCAUGCAGAAACGCUGCUCCCAUUUUCCUGUUUGAUCGGGCUAUUUCUUGAUGGACGUGACUUUGAUAAAAUACUACGAGAAGAACCUUUGCAACUACCUCCUAAACCCCCCCAAUCGAGAAUAUGGCGUGGUAGCACAGUUGCCCCAUUCGCUGGAAAUAACAUGCUGGUCCUAUAUAGCUGCCCAGCCAACAACAAUACAAGCAAGUACUUUGUGCAAGUAUUGCACAACGAACAUCCUACACGAAUGGCAGGGUGUGGAGAUUCAGACUUUUGCCCUUUCGAGGUGUUCAAGGAAAAAAUAGCUGCUCCUCACUUGAAGCAUAACUACAACGAUCUUUGUAGUGCGGAAUCAUUGCCAACGACACCAACAAACAAGCUCUGGCAAAUACUCAGUUGGUUUUUUCCAGCUAAUACGAAUGGAACUCAGAAAGACGAGUUAUAGAGGAGCAGCUCUUAACAGUUGUUGGCAUCACAGCUUUGGUAGUACCAGUUUUUGUGAUAGGUACAGUUUCUGUGAAGCUCAGAACUCAGAAUAAGACAGAUGCAGUUGUCGUUGUUGUUGUCCCAGUUACUAACAUGCUGAUGAUUUGAGGUCUGAGAUCUUCCAAAUGUUAAUGUUCAGUUUUGAAUUCCUUCCCUGCUCUGCUGGCUGUAAAUUUUUGCUCUGUCCUACGCAACUUCCAUGUAGAGAAUCGUAAACGAGGCGAGCUAAUUUAUUGGAGAAUUUCUGUCAAA